AUGCUGCCGGUACAUCGACGUGCAGCUAUAACAGCCAGUCGGCGGGCCUUUCUCAAUAUUCGAUCUCAGCAUUCUUCUUCUUCAUCCGCUUCCGAUCGUGUCAAUACAUCUUCCAGUGAAGGUCAAAAUGAAUUGACAGGUUCAGCCAAGCUGUUCGCCGAUUCGAUCGAAGAAGAAUCUAUCUCCAAUACAAGUUCGAGGGAUCAUCUCAUACAUAGUCAAGGUGAAAUUUGGACAGGAGACGAAUCGACCCAUGAUGCAGUGUUACGAAUGCUAUUAGAUGCGAAUAAACCUCUAAGGGAACCUGGGGGUAUCAAGGAUAACUCGUCAGAAGACAAGAUAAAGAAAUACAUCAAAUCAUUAGAUCUGAAUCCAGCUUUGGGUACACCAUUAUUCUCUUCACCCAAGGUGGAAGAAGGGGAAGCAGAGAAACCUAAUCCACAUCGAACCACUAUUCCACCUCAUUUACAUCGACCAUGGCAUUCGACUUACACUGGAGAGACGACGUUGAAAUCAGCACCGCAGAUCAAAUAUGGUACAUUUAUAAAAUCGAACAAGGAUGGCGAUUCCCUUACCAACUUGCUUGAACUUACCCUACCACCCGGAGCAGAUGGUAAGACCCGUUCGAGAGUCAAGGAAGCUCGAAGAUCUGGAAAGACCAUUAGAAGAUUGGAUAAUGCCAGAGAGAAUGCACUAGACUAUAAGCUCGGUAUAGGAUCAGGGGAACAGGUGCUUAUAGAUAUCGGAGAAGAUGAGGAAGAUGAGACGUUUAGAGGUAACAGGCAGAUAAAAGGGAGUAGUGUACUGGGUGCUCAGAAGGGUUCGGCAAGUGGGAUGAGAGCUUGGGGAGGUCUGGUAGAAGAUCGCAUACAGCGCGCUAAAGGUGAGAGUAGACUUUCCGGCAUAUAUCCACCUUUACGUAUCACUGAUAUAACGCUCAAUUUGUCAGAGGCCGGUUUCUUCAAGAUCACGAAUGGGAAAGGUAAACCUAUACCCAAAGAUCCUGAAGCUAGUAAUCCUCAUCUCGAAACCGGUGAACUCCUUAUGAAUCGGAUAGUCAAGCGUCAAGGCGCCCUCCCACCAUGGAUCGAACUCCAGCAUUCACUGGACUCCACAUUGGCUGCUUUCCGUAGCACUCUGUUAACGACCUAUACAACUCAUCUCGUUCGUAAUGUCAUUUCGACUAAUGCUCUAUCACCCUUACCGCCACUACAUUCUAUUCCCUCUCAAGACGAAGCUUGGGAAGCACGCGAACUCAAAUUUCAUCAGGAGAACAUCAAGCAGAUCAAUGAUUUGGUACGAAGGAUGAAUGCCCAGGCUCCUUCACCCGCUCGACGAAAUCUCUUGACUCUCGAAGGAGAGCUUAACAGGCUGAGAGGAGAUGUGCUGAAAAACGAGGUCUGGAAUGAAAUCAAGAAAAGAGCGGAAGACGCUGCGAGAUUACCCAUGAAACCGAGCUCUAGCCUCCCACCUUUCAUAUUCGACAACGAGGGAUGGAAUGCGCUGAAAACUGCUACGAGAAGAUCGUUCGGUACUAUUGCUGCUCCAGUCUCGGCUGUCAUUGGUAAAGGCCGUGUGGGCGGCGUGGUGGAUCCUACUAGACAAUCUUCAGGAGAUGAUGCUGGUUCAAACGGACCUUCUUCAAAUAACAGCGAAGGUACUUCUGGGUCCAAACCCCUUAGAUUGGCUGUCAUGGGUGGUGUAGGCCUAGGUGCAGUUGUGUACUUUUAUCGACGACCCGUUAAGAAUGACUCAGCCGUAGAGAUGGAUUAUAUCUCUGUACAACCCGAUACAGAAGGUCCGAUCGAAGAGGAUAUCGUGGCAAUUUCACCAUCCGAGCCUCCUCUUACCAUCUUGCGUGUGAUACAGCUCUACGUUCUGGAACCAUUCGCGACGAUAUUUAGGUUUUUCCACUUGGCAUUCCUAUUUGGUCCGGUGAUAUUGACCACGCCGAUGCUGUUGGUCGGAAAGCCCGAACGACGACGACGUAGGUCAGGUAAACCGGUUUCGGGCGAUGAAGAGGAGAAUUGGGGUGCGAUUUGGUGGUAUUCUUUCUUGGUCAAACAAAUGGAAAGGGCCGGCCCGUCUUUCAUCAAACUCGGUCAAUGGGCUGCAUCUCGAGCGGACCUCUUCCCAGCUGAAUUAUGCGAUAAGAUGUCGAAACUGCAUUCGAACGGUAAACCACAUUCACUCUCUCAUACCAAACGAGUACUGGAAAGAGCCUUCGGGAUGAAAUUUGAUGAGAUUUUUGAAGAAUUCAACGACGAACCCAUAGGAUGUGGAGCGAUUGCCCAGGUGUAUAAAGCCAAAUUGAAACCGUCUGUAUUCAUCGGCGGAGCGGCAAGCGCAAAGCAAGCUCGAGUACCGGUGGACGAGUCUCAUACACGUUCAGUCGCAAUCAAAGUGUUACAUCCUCGAGCACGUAAAACGAUUCGAAGGGAUAUAGCCAUCAUGUCCGUGUUCGCGAACAUCUUCAACGCUUUCCCAGGUAUGGAAUGGUUGUCACUCCCUGAGGAAGUCGCUGUUUUCGGCGACAUGAUGAACUCGCAAUUGGAUUUAAGAGUGGAAGCGUCCAAUUUAGAAAGAUUCGAGGUGAAUUUCCAAAAGAGGGGUAGAAGGGUGACUUUCCCAAGUCCCAUCAAAUUGGGUCAAAAUGAAUCGAAAGAUGUAUUGAUAGAGGAAUUUGAAAAUGCUUUACCGCUAAAGUGGUUCUUGACCAAUGGCGGUGGAGACUAUGAUGAUAUGAUUGCCGGAAUCGGAUUAGAUGCUUUCUUGGAAAUGCUGUUAUUGGAUAACUGGACUCAUGGAGAUCUACAUCCUGGUAACAUCAUGGUUCGAUUCUAUAAACCUACACCUACAGAUUAUCUCGGACCAUUACUCAACAAAUUCAGUCGACAUCCUCAAACUCCUCCUUCGGACUCGCCGCCUUCGUCCAGCAUCUCCAACGAAGAGCUUGUUGAGUCGUUGGCAUCAGUAGCACACGAUCACGAUGCGUGGCAUGAACGAUUAUCCGAGUUGUACAAGGAGGGAUACGAACCUCAAUUGAUCUUCAUCGAUGCUGGUCUGGUCACUUCUCUAGACGACAAAAAUAGAAGAAAUUUCCUAGACUUGUUUCAAAGUGUAGCCGAGUUCGACGGGUACAAAGCUGGUAAACUAAUGGUCGAGAGAUGUCGUACGCCGGAACAUGUGAUUGACGAAGAGACUUUUGCUCUUAAAAUUCAACAUGUGGUCUUAUCAGUCAAAUCGAAGACGUUCAGUUUAGCAAAAAUCAAAAUAUCCGAUAUUCUCACUGAUGUGCUCAAUGCGGUCAGACAACAUCAUGUGAAACUUGAAGGUGAUUUCGUAAAUACCGUCUUAUCGAUUUUACUUUUAGAAGGUAUAGGUAGACAGUUGGAUCCGAAUAUGGACUUGUUCAAAUCUGCUUUACCGAUCUUGAGACAAUUGGGUAGACAGAUGGGUACGAAGGAGGUUAUCAAUAAUACACCUAAAGGGAAUUUGUUAGCUAUGAUCAAGCUCUGGGUAUGGGUAGAAGCUAGACAGGUAGCCGGAGAAGCUUCGAUAUUGGAUCAAUGGAUCAAGUAUGAUCGACUUUUCCCUGCUAUUUAA